ACCCAACACCCAUGCGCGCAAGCAGCGCCCCAGACAUCGAAGACGAUACCCGGACCAACAUGGUUGUGGCUGGAGCCCAUAUAUGAACCUUUCCGGGCCUACGGCCGGGCGCAGCGCCGACGUCCGUACAUGACACAGUUUCUGAGCUCGUUGACGGUGUACUUUGUGGGAGAUCUCGUGGCGCAAAGCAUCGGAAAGGCACCCGCAGAGGAAGAAGAGGUCAGCGAUUCAUCUGCGGCCGAGGAGGACGAAUCAAAGGGGUGGGUGGUCGAUUGGGCCGAAGAUAGGGACUGGGCAAGGACAGUACGAGCGCUGCUCAUCGGAGGCUUCUCAGCGGUCCCAGGAUAUAAAUGGUUCCUAUGGCUUUCCAACAGCUUUAACUACCGCAGCAAGAUCCUGAGUCUCACAACAAAGGUUACCGUCAACCAACUCCUCUUCACCCCGAUCUUCAACUCCUACUUCUUCGGCAUGCAGUUCGUCCUCACGACGCACCCCUCCGAUUUCUCCUUCGCCGACCUCUUCGAACGCCUACAAAAUACCGUUCCCACGUCCUGGAUCAAUUCCUGCAAACUCUGGCCCGCCGUCACCGCGUUCAGCUUCAGCUUCAUCCCCAUCGAGUACCGCAGCAUCUUCGGCGGCGUCAUCGCAAUCGGAUGGCAGACAUACCUGAGUCUCCUCAACCAGCGCGCGGAGAAGGUGGAGGAGAUUGAGCAC